AUGAGGAAGAAGCUGCAGGUGCUCCCAACGCGCCGGCAGAUGACGCCCGCGGCCGAGGACGACGAGAACAUGCCCAUCUCCGACAUGCUGAUGCUGGGUCUCAUCUCUCUGCAUGCUCAACGCUAUCUCAAUGAGCGUCGUGUCAUUCCCAAGGGCAACAUUCUCUCGGUGCUGCUCGAGGACUGGAAAACCGGCUUCCCCGACUUCUUCCGAUCCUAUCUUCGUGUCACGCCGGCAACAUUCGACGCCCUGCUGGAUGCGAUCCAAGAUGACCCCGUUUUCCACAACAACUCCGACACCGCCGAACAACUUGCGGUCGAUUCACAGCUCGCUGUUGCCCUCUACCGAUUUGGGCACUACGGAAAUGGUGUCAGCGUACGAAAAGUCGGCCUGCAGCUUGGGCUGGGAUUUGGGACCGUUGUGAAGUCCACUCGGCGGGUCAUUGCUGCCUUGUGCCGUGACCGUGUCCGGAAAUCUGCAAUCCGCUGGCCAACCGAGGAGGAAAAGGAGCAGGCAAAGGAAUGGGUCGAAGAGCAUUCGUGCCCUGCAUGGCGGGAUGGUUGGCUGAUGGUCGACGGCACUCUCAUUCCGCUAUAUGCUCGUCCGGCACAUUUCGGAAACAAUUGGUUCGACCGCAAGUCCAACUACUCCCUCAAUGUGCAGACCUGCGGAUUAUCGACUACGGAAUCGGUCUUCCAGGCAGCCAACACGAUGCAACUGCGUGGAAGAAAACUUCGAAUUCCAAGCGAGUUUGUAGUCUUGCUUCCCAACGGAGAAUGGAUCUGGGCCGACUCUGCCUAUCCACUGCAGCUCUGGCUUAUGGCUCCAUACAAAGCACCGAUGAAGUUCCAGGACUGGAACGAGAUCUUCAACUACUACGUCACCAACGUCCGUGUCCGCUCGGAGCAUGCAGUUGGGUACCUCAAGGGUCGAUUCUGCUCCUUGCAUGGCCUUCGGCUACGAAUCGAUGACCAAGAGCAUAUUGGUUUCGCGACAUACUGGAUUAUUGCCUGCAUGGUCGUGCACAACUUCGCGAUGGUCCACGAACGCAACAUCGACAUGGACACUGACGCGUUUUUCCUCGAGGGUCUGCAGCAUGUUCAGGCGGAGGUAGCUGAGGCAGGUGCCAUUGAUGCUGAUGCUCGCGAUAUCGAGCUUGCAGCAGCAGAGGAACGGCGAUGCGAGAUCAAGGAGAUGCUAUUCGACUUUUUGCGUACAGAGAACAGUAACGACGAGAACGAUGUAGCGUAG